GCUUUUGUUCGUAAUCAAAGAGAAUUAUAAUAUAUAUGGAAAGUUCGUUAUAAUUGGCAUAUGUCAUUAAGAGAUUAUUUUUCUUUUAUUAGUUUGUUUUUAAAAUCGAAAAAUGUCUGUAUUUGAUGGAGAAAUAGAAUACCAGUCGGUCUAUAUGGUUGAUUUUACGAAAAAGGAUAAACCUAAAAGUCCACGUCGCAAAGCCGUGGACGACGACUGCCUUAUUGUGGGAAUCAGCCGAGACUCCUUGAAGGCCCGAGAUGCUCCCAGGAAGAGUCCAGACGUGCUCUGUCCAAUCAACUUCGAAUUCUACAAGGAUGCUGUUGAGAGGUUUGCAGACGAUCAUCCGAAGCUAACCGAGAAGUACAUGUCGGCGGAUAUCGAGCCGACCCCGAUAGAUCAUCAGAUUCAAGACUUGAAGAGGACGGAAUACCUCACGAGAUACUGCUCCAGGGAGCUGCCGUUCAUGUCGGUGAACCUGGCGCGUCGUGCGCGUGCUCUACAGACCCUGCGCCUCCCGGACGACGUGUACAUCCCGGAUACAAGCCAAAAGGGUUCCUACCGCUGCCCCAAGCCGGAGAAGUACGCCGACCCACCCUCCGCCAUGUCCAUGAGGCCCAAGUUUGAUGACUCGUUGCAGAGAGAACUUCGUCGUAUUCUGCGCGUGCGCACCGGCGACACAACGUAUGGCGCGUGUCACGGACUCUUGGCUCAAGUGGUGUUGGAGAAGAACCCCUUCGGCCCUCCGCGCGAAGAGCCCAAGUACGGCCGCUGGCUCAACCCAUACACGUACACUUACAGGAUCGAUUGAAUUGUUUUAUGUUUGAUGUAGAUUUUUGGAUGUCAGAUUAAAUAAUUUUUAGUGGA